UCUAAAUCUAUACAGUAAAAUCGAAUGGUUCCUUGUGUACAAGUAGUCAGCACACCGGUUGAUAUGGUCAUAUCAGUCAGUGCCUGCUGAACUUAUGCUCUAACCAAUACGCAGGCCUUUGCCGUCUCUCGUCUCGAGCUUCUCGCUCACAACCAAUCACGUUCUUCUGGAGGUCACUAGUUCUUAAUUGAUUUCAGCUGCGUCUCCCCCACUCUCCCCAUAAAGCGCCCCCACCGUGACGGAUGUUAAUCGUUUAUUUUGAGUUGGAUUGCGUGGGGUGAACAAUCCGGACAUCGUGGCCACCGACGUGGACCCCCCGCCACCGGGACCCACGCACACCGACCACCACACUGGAAGUGUCCUCUGCUCACUGUGGAAGCAGCAUGGAAGAACUGCAGCAACUCUGAUGGAAACGAAGACCUCCACGCUGUUGAACACAAACUGUUCUAGGCCUACUACAAACCGAGGCGGUCCCACUCGGUUAAAGAUCUCGUGGUCAAUGCGGCAGACCGCUGGACCUGGACGUCACCUUCUGCACAUACUUCACUGCCCUCAGGAAUCCACGGAUAACUUGAAACAUGUCCGACUCCACAUGUCCGAAAAAUCCAGGAUGGGAACUUGUGGAAGGAAGAAAGGGGUCCGUUUUUGCUCAACCCAUAAGAGCAAAAACGACCCACUGAGCCCUUUUGUGGAAACCUGUCUGACUGACCCUACUGACUGGGGGCCUGUUGUGUGUUUGGUUGGUCUGGUAGAAGGUUUGCUGCUUGUGAUCUGCAAGGUGGUCCUGGGUUAGAUGCGGUGUCUGACUUGCACACCACUCUCCCAAUUCUAUUCUUCUCUUUACUACUUUUCUACUUUCAAUACACUUGCUGCUGCUGCUGUUGACCGCUGGUGGUGCAAUGUGGUUUUUAUUCGCGUAUGUUCUGUGGACUUUGCAUUUGUAUUUUAAUGAACAUGUUUACUGCCUGUUAGACCUCGGAUUGGCAAACCUAAACUCCUUCACUGGCAAAAUGUAGAUGCAAAUUAAAUGCCAAAAUUAACAUUUCAAUAUUCGUUUUGCGUAUUUCACCAUUAGCUUCGGAACUAGACGGACCUCGUAUAUAAUUUGCUCUUCAAAGAUGCGGUCAGGCGCCCCUCCGUUAUAUAACGUUUUCUGCCCGGUACGAAAUAGACCGACCAAUAGCAACCCUUUAGGCUAUCUAAUGUGAGGUUGGAUAUACGCAACAUGUAGAGGUGUUUCAACAACAAAGAUGGAAGUUGGUAAACUAAAGACUGUAUAUGCUCACUAAAAGAACGAACGACUACUAAAAGAUUUUGAGGAAUAUGUAUUUCUGCAUCACCCGUUCCAAUGCUAUGAUUAGUCGAGGCCUAUCCAAUAGCAUAGCAUCGACCCAUUUUAGAUCGCGCCCUUUAGACACGCCCCUUGGAAAUUGAACAACGCACUUCAACGCAGAGGAUCCAGAAGGAUUUCACAACGAGUCCAUUGGAAGAUAUCGAGGAACAUGAACAUCACCAAUGAAGGAGAGUAACGUUUCCACUUGCUAUAGGAAUUUAGUGAAGCACUAAAUAGUUAAUAAUAAUGAUAAAAUGUGGUCACCAUUUAUUAUAUUGAGUUUUGGGUAAGACUUGCUUUACUAAUAUAACCGCGUUAAAACCGCAUUCAUUUACUUUUCUUGUGUAGUUUCCCACUAUUCAUUAAAUGUUUUAUAGAAGUAAAAAAGUAAUCAAUAGAACUAUACACAUUUGUACAACAAUUAAUUAUACAGGAUUUGAAAAUGUUCUAUUCGAGCUCAUGCUUCAUAAUAUUUCCAAGGAUUGCAGAGUACCAAAUGAUUUAUGAACAGUUGUUUUUGUUCAGGAGCGGAUUGUACUCCCAGAGGCUUCAACAGAGCGGGUCUGGAGCUGGGAGCUGCAGGUGGAUGGUGGCCAGGAGCCGUUCAGUCCUACAGGAACAGACGGUAGAGGUGAUGGAGGCGGUCGUCUGGAGGUCCGUGGCGGUCGUCUGGAGGUGCUCGCCGUGAGGUCCAUGGAGGUCGUCUGGAGGCGCUCGCUGCAGGCGGAGGGGAGCCGUGCAGCCCAACGGAUGCAGAACGAAGGACUGAGGCGGAGGUCCUGGAGGCAGAGGCCAGCCUGGAGGUCCUGGAGGCGUCCAACCUGGAAGGGGCGGCAUGGAGGGCCAGGUGGCGGCUCCUCAUCCAAAGGGCCUGGAGGCGGCCAACCUGGAAGGCUUGGAGACGGCCGAGGUCCUGGAGGCAACGGCGGUCCUGGAGGCAACGGCGGGCCUGGAGGUGGAGGCCAACCUGGAGGUCCUGGAGUCGGUGGGCCUGGAGGCGGCGGUUGGGUCCAACCUGGAGGGCCUGGAGGCGGUGGUUGGGACCAACCUGGAGGGCCUGGAGGCGGUGGUUGGGACCAACCUGGAGGUCCCGGAGGUGGCGUCCACCUGGCGGAGGACAGCCUGGAGGGCCCGGCGGCGGCGUCCUGGAGGGCCCGGAGGCGGCGGCUCCUCAUCCAAAGAAAUGAGGCGACGUUGCGGAGGUCCAGGCGGUUGGCCCGGUGGAGGUCCUGGAGGAGACGGUCCCGGCGGUGGACGGCUGGGGGAUCCGGCGGUGGAGGUCCGAAGGCGGCUCGUGAUUAGACCAACCAGCUCCUUAUCCAUGGAAGCAGGAUUGAAGGAGUCACUGGGGAUGAAGAUCACUGCUCAGGGGCUGACGACCAAUCAUCUUUCCGGAGAAGCGUCCUCAUGGUGCAGGCGGUCAAACCUCCACCUCUUUGAAGAGACCAAGCAGCUUGAUGACUGACUGGUUCUUUAUACUCAAGACCUCGUCCCAGAGCAGAGGACGGACCUAAGGCCCGCAGCGCAGCCGACUAGAGACCAUGUGGAACCGGUUCAAUUAAGUUGACCUCUCCUUCAGGCGACUUAAAGGGAGACCAGAUGUGCGGCAGCUGGGUGUCAUGGUGCAGAGACCAACGCCAACGCUGUACUGAACUACACCAGUGUGUCCUACUCCCAUAAACCCUGAGGAUCCCUGGAUGGCUACACCAGCACAUUAAUCCACACCCAACAUCAACACACAGUGCACACUCUAUAGAGCUCGUAAGUCCGCCCCUUGCGGCGGGACCUCGUGAGAUCGUAAGAUAUGACUGGGUUUCAAUGGAGAGAAAGUAAUUAUUUUCUCCUUUUAUGUUGCACCACAUUUUGGGGGAAGAAUGUUUGAAUCAAUCUUUGUCAUUUAUAUCUGUACUCCAUAUCUGUAAUCCCAGCUGUUGUAUUUUAACACGGUAGCUGGCAUCCCUCUUUAUAGGGAGCGACUAGAGGGACGAGGCUGGAAGCAAACCUGAGCCUGGAUCUUAACCUUCUUUCUAAACCUAAUGCCGCAAUUUAACCGCAAAUAAAGUGAGGCCUAAAGUAACUUGACUCUCUUACCUAAACUUGCUUGCCUAAACUCGCUUGUCUAAACUUGCUUGCAUAAAACCUAAACUCGCUUGCAUAAAACCUGAACUUGCUUGGCUAAACUCGCGUCGCUUGCCUAAUACCUGAACUUGCUUGCCUAAACUCGCUUGCCUAACCUGAACUCGCUUGCCUAAACUCGCUUGCCUAAACUCGCUUGCCUAAACUCGCUUGCCUAAUGCCUAAACUCGCUUGCCUAAUACCUGAACUCGCUUGCCUAAUACCUGAACUCGCUUAGCUUGACUCGCUUGCCUGAACUCGCUUGCAUAAAACCUAAGCUUGCAUAAAACCUAAACUCGCUUAGCUUGACUCAUUUGCCUGUACUCGCUUGGCUAAACUCGCUUGCCUAAUACCUGAAGUCGCUUGCCUAAUACCUGAAGUCGCUUGCCUAAAACCUAAACUUGCUUGUCCAAACACGUUACACAAAGUUAACCAUCCAUAGUCUUUAACCCAAACCAGACUUGUCCCUGGGUCGCUCCACUUUAAUUUAGAAGUUUCUUCUUUUACCUCAUCUGCGUUUUGAGUUUCAUUCUUUGAGGGCUUGAAGUGCUUUGGAGGAUAUUUGAACCUUUGUUUGCCGCAUCAAUAAACAUGCUUUAUCUUUACCCAUUUUGUUUUGGGUUGCAUUUCUAUGUGUAAUCCGGCCAAAUGUUCAGUGUCCUUACAUGUAAUGUCUAUGGUCUGACGAUGAUCUGACCUCUUCAUGAAGCAGAAUUGUGUGUGAAUGUUGUCCCGUGAGCUCCAGGCUCUCUGUGGGCCUGUCAACGUCUCUUUAGCAAAAGGUUGGAGAGUGAAAUUCAUUUUUGUUUCAUUUUCAUGUGUUCCUGAGUAUUUCAGACCUGUGGUGUUUCACAUGAGACCUUAAUGGGAACUUUUCUUUUUCUGCCUGCAUACGUAAUGCCUACAUUAGUAGGGUGAUCACUGUUGAUCCCAAUAUUGAUCAUUAACCACCUCAUUCUUUGGGAUUACAAAUCAUGUAAUUUAUGAGCAUAUUUGCAAAUGGCUCCAAAUAUCAGAUUGUGUAAAAACGAAUGAAAUGUAACCUGCUUGAUUUAAAGAAAAUAAAACAUCCAAAUAUUAUAAACCUG